CAAGCUUACACAAGCAACUUGUUAGUGGUCUUAAUCGCGUGCCACUACCAAAGCUCUUUUGGUUCUUUCAUCUCCAACUGCAACAAGUUCCUUUGACACAAGGAUGAUCAAGCCAUAAUUGUCUAGGGUAGUCUGCAAAGCCACCGGAUCUUGAACACGACAGGACUUUAGACAUGGAUAAUAUUACAUUUCCUUCUGCUGAUGAGCAGCAGCGCAUCCUUAACGAUGCUAGCACGGCCAUUAAGCGGAAUGCCUUCCUCAUGCGGAAAGCAAUUGAGGAGGACAACAUGCGUGACGCGCUGAAGCACGCAGCUGGCAUGCUUGCAGAGUUGCGCACCUCACAGCUGCAGCCCCAAAAGUACUAUGAGCUCUACAUGCUGGUGUUUGACCAGCUGGCUUACCUGGAGUCUUUCUUCUCCGAGGAGCGCGGCAAGGGCCGCAGCUACGGCGAGCUGUACGAGAUGGUGCAGUACUCGGGCAACGUGCUGCCCAGAUUGUACUUGAUGGUCGCGGUGGGCUGUCUGUACAUCAAGUCGCGCGAGGCGGCUCCCCGGGAGCUGCUGAAGGACCUGGUGGAGAUGUGCAAGGGCGUGCAGCACCCCACCCGCGGCCUCUUCCUGCGCGCCUACCUCUGCCAGCGCGCCAAGGGGCUGCUGCCCGACACCGGCAGCGAGUUCGAGGGACCCGAGUCGGGCUCCAUCCACGACGCACUGGACUUCCUGAUGACCAACUUCAUCGAGAUGAACAAGCUGUGGGUGCGGCUGCAGCACCAGGGCAGUGCGAGGGACAAGGAGAAGCGCGAGCGCGAGCGGCAGCAGCUUCAGGACCUGGUGGGCAAAAACCUCACCUACCUCAGCCAGCUGGACGGACUGGGGUUCGAGCUGUACAGGGACCAGGUUCUCCCCCGCGUGUUGGACCAGAUCACCAGCUGCCGGGACGACCUGGCGCAGCUGUACCUCAUGCAGGCCCUCAUCCAGAGCUUCCCCGACCGCUUCCACUUGGGCACGCUGGAGGCGCUGCUGGGGGCGCUGCCGCAGCUGCAGCCGGGGGUCAAGGUCCACAGCGUCAUGGCGGCGCUCAUGGACCGCCUGGCUCGCUACGCAGCAGCCGCCACCACCACCACCACCACCAGCAGCCCUACUGGCACCGCCAGCAGCAGCAGUGGUGACCCACGGGUCGUGGAGGAGCUGGCGGCACUGGACGCAUUCCACAAGUUCAAGGAAGCCAUCGCGCAGGUCAUCUCCUCCCAGCCCACCCUGCCCGCCGGUGACGCCGUGGAGAUGUACACCGCCCUCCUGUCGUACGCCGCCUCCGUGUACCCGGGGCAGCUGUCGUACAUUGACGAGGUGCUGGCGGCGGCGGCGGGCGCGCUGGCUGGGCGGGGGCGGGGGCUGGGCGGGGAUGCGCGGGCGGAGCGGCAGCUGCUGGCGCUGCUGGGCAUACCGCUGUCAAAGUACGGUCUGCCCGCCUCGCUGCAGCUGCGCGAGUACCCCGCCCUCACCCGGCUGCUGCGGUACGGCAGCCACAAGGAGCUGGCGGUCAAGAUUGUGCAGCGGAUCCUGGAUGGCGCCUCCGCACCCACCACCACGGCCACCGCCUCCCCCUCCAAGCCCUCCUCCAGCUCCCCUGCUCCCGCCCCCACCCCCUCCCCCACCCCCUCCCCCUCCUCCUCCUCCUCCUCCUCCUCCUCCACCGUAAUCUGCGAGGUGUCCCAGGUGGCAGCCCUGUUCCGCUUCAUCGCGCCGCUGGUGGCCGACCCGGAGGAUCCCGGGGAGGUGGGGGGCGCGGCGGAGCUGGAUGACGAGGACCUAGAUGAGGAGCAGGUGCUGGUGGCCCGCCUGCUUCACUGCCUGGCCUCGCCCCACCCCGACACGCACUUCGCCAUCCUCACUACCGCGCACCAGCAGCUGCUGGCGGGGGGCCCCCGGCGGCUGCGCACCACCGUGCCCGCACUGGUGUUCUGCGGACUUGGGCUGCACAGGCGCCUGGUGGGAGGGGUGGAGAAGGGGGCGGAGAAGGGGGCGGAGGGAGUGAAGGAUGGGGUGAAGGUGGAUGGCAAGAAGGAGGAGGAGAAGGAGGAGGGGGAGAAGGUGGAGAAUGGAGGAGAAGGGGUGGAGAAGAAGAGCGGGGAGGAGGAGGAGGAGCAGAGCGAAGGAAAGGCGGAUGGAAAGAAGGAGGAGGAGCAGCCAGCUGCGGAGCCUGCUGCGGCGGCGGAGACGGCGGUUGAGUCGGCUGCGGCUGCACCCAAGCUCACCAGCUCCCAGCUGCUGCAAUUCCUGCUCGCCGCCAUCGAGCCGCUGUGCGGCGGACCCGCGGGUCAGCCGCUCACCGCGCUGCGGCUGCUGCUGGCGUGCGGCCACGUGGCCAGUGAGGAGGCGAGGCUGGAGCUGCUGUCGUACACCUUCUUCGAGGAGGCCCUAGCCCUGUACGACGAGGCCCUGCCCGAGCAGCGCCAGCGGGCCGCCGCACUGUACGACAUCCUGGGCAGCCUGCAGCGCUGCCACGUGUUCGGGGCGGGGCGGCGGGCCAGCCUGGCAGCAGCCGCCACCAGCGCCUGCAUGCGGCUGGUGGCGGCGAGGGAGCAGUGUCGGGCACUGUGCGCUGCAGCACACCUGUGGUGGCAGGG